GUUACCUAGGCCUGAGCAGGUAUGCGCGUUUCGGUCAUAGACUUAUACGUUAGUAAGUUGACCUAUGAUUUUGGUUGCGAAAGAUUUCCGAUGACCUAUUUAUCACGUCUUGAUAAAAUAUUAUGUCAUCGCCUAGCCCGUGCGUAAUUAAUGCUUUGGUGGUUCAUAUUAUACUCGGCUAAUGUUCGUAAAAGUACUGAGCAGUGGGCAAUUAAUUUAUAUACACGACCUACAUUUAUAUAUUAUUAUUAUUGCUCGUUUGUCUACAUCUGACGUUUCAGCACACAUAACAGAAGAUAAAAUGGUUGCUGCAGAUGAAAAUAUUAAUAAUACACCCGAGCAGUCAUUGGGAAAUGACCCAAAAAAGAAACACAAUCAUGACUGCAAAAGUUUCAAACGGAAAGCUCAGAGAGAAAUAGCUUGUUUGAAUUUGGAAAUCGAAAUGGUCAAUUUUAGAAUCGAAUAUAUAGAGCAUUUGAUAAACUUUUUUGAUUCUAAAUUGGGUGAUCAAAUGUAGGGUAUUGUUUUUUGUAAGACUAAUAGGCAGUGUUGGGUAGUAACAUAACACAAAUUAAAAAUUUCUUUAACUAAAUUACUCUUGCAAUAACACUGUAGUAAUUUCAUUAUAAUUUAUUUAAAUUAACGCAUUGUAACAAAAUUAUUUUUUAAAAGUACUUUACCCAACACUAGCAGUAGCUAUACAAAAAUAAUUUUACUAAAUUUAUUUUUUUGUUCA